CUGGCAGGACCCCCCGGAGUCGUAAGUUUGUUCAACUCGAAUGCGAUCUUAAAGUGAUAAAGUCACGACCACAACAUAUUCAAUUCAAAUUCGCUCCUUUUCUUUGACAACAUCUCGUCUUUCUUUUUCUACAAUCGAAAAUUUUGUAGGGUAAAACUGCAACUGUUCGCGCGGCCAUUUCUAUGCUACAUCACGAACUGAAGGGAGGGAAUAUUCCCACAUUUAGAUUUAUACCAUUGAAUGGUAUUGAGGUACGACACCCCUCGGAUAUAUACAUCAGAUUUUGGGAAGCUCUGACCGAAAGAACCCACCUUGGUCCACACGAACGUGCCUGCGAACGGCUCGAAGCGUUUUUCACCUCGACAACUUCUGAAUCCGAUCUUCCAAAUAACUGUACAACCAUUGUUCUGUUGGAUGAAAUUGAUUACCUUGUCACGGAUGACCAAUCUAUAUUAUACAACUUAUUCGAUUGGCCCAAGCGUGCAGCUGAACUUUCCAGCACCAGUCGGCUUAUCGUUAUUGGAAUAUCAAAUACACUAAACUUGAUAGAUCACUUGAUGGCUAGCGUUCAAUCUCGUAUGGGAACAGAAAAGUGCGUUUUUAAGGCUUACAGUCUUGACGAUACAAUAUCAAUUCUGAGAUCGAAGAUGAAGGAAGGAUCCCCGGUAAGAAUACUCGUACUGAUUGAAUGGGUGUUUAUCAUUUUGAUCCUGCGACUUAAUUUUACCGUUUAGAAUUUCAUGUUUUUCGAAGAUGACGCUAUUUUAUUUGCAGCCAAGAAGACCGCAGCGUUGAGUGGUGAUAUACGGAAGGCAUUUCAGAUAUGCAGAUCGGCUGCUGAACUUGUAACGCGACGUUUUGAAGAAAAGAAAGCAAUUGAUUCAAAUGGAACAGAUGAUUUCCCGAAAAUUAGGAUCAGCGACGUGCAGAAAGCAAGUUUAGAGUCUUUCAACAUGGCGAUGGUGACGGCUGUUUCGUUUUCUUCACCUUUUGAAACGCUCUUGUUAGUUUCUUUGGCUUCUCUUUCCAGAUCUUCUGGUCAUGAAGUGGGUGGCUUCGAUGUAAAUGACAUACUGAUAAAGAUGGAAGCUCUCGCAAGUGCUUCAGGGAACCCUCAGUAUAUACCAGCACCUUCUUUCGGGGAAACUAUCCGACUUCUACAUCGACUUGGAGAGGUAAGUUUUGAGCCCAAAUCAGACACCGUUACCAAAAACCCGUAGUUCACCAAAACCCUCACUUCAGCAAAAAUUGUCCUAGAUGAAUCUCGUUGAAUUAAAUACAAGAAAGAGU